UCUAUUUUUUUACACAGUUAACCAACAACUGUAACUUUCACAUCAGUGUAGGUUUUGCUUAAUUUGUGUGAUUGAGUAUUUUUAAUGAAUUACAAGCCUAGUUCACCAGUCGUCAGCUAAUAUAAACUAGCUAGUGUUGGAGUAUGUUAGCUAGUGCAGUGGUUUUCAAAGUGGGGGGUGCCCGGUUGGGCUCAACAAUUUGGUGUGAAAUAAAUUCUCACUCUGACACCACACACUAUCAAUUCCUAAUGUAAAGAUGUAAGAUCUAAUUAUUUAUUUUAAAAAAAGGGGGGGGGUAUAUUCAGAAGUCUGUAUUUUUUAUGUGUUUUAAAGACAUCUUGCAAAAGGGGGGCCUCGGUCAAAUGUUAACGCCAUUUGGGGGGCCUUACUCUGGAAAAGUUUGGGAAACUCCUGACCUAGUGUACUCUGAUCAAAACACAGAAGUAAUCGCCUUGCCUAAAUGUAGACUACUAUUAGUAGUAAAUGAAUCAUUGGGUAAGAUUACAACUAUUUCAUUUUCUGAUAGACAUAAAAUACCCUGAGCCUGGGUAUACAAUUGUCUAAAAUUUUAUAAUAUUGUGUACAAUUGUCAUACAGUCUAAUACAUUUUAUAAGUAAAUAUAUAUGUAUUACUUCAGUUAAAGCAGAAUUCAUUUCAUUUAGACGUUUACAUUUAUAUACGUUACUGUCAUUUUCCUUAUUUUGUUUCCUGGAGUGAUGAAUUCACUUUUUUUAUUAAUUAAUUUUAAAUUCAUUAUAAAUACAUGUUCAUGCUCAAAUUCGGUAUUAAUAUCAACAUUUCAGUUGUGUAUUUCAGCAAAUAAACCAGUAAAUAAAUAGAUUUGAUGAAUAUCUAAGUAGUCUUCUUAAAAUGUAAAUUCAGUUUUAUUAUAUAUAUUUGGGGUUUUUUUUAAAUUUAUUUGUGUGUAUUCCGUUUUCUAUUGGAGGAUGCAAUUUUCAAGCGCGUACGCAUCACACUUUUCUCUCACAUCUUGGGUUUUACUAUAAAAUUGCAAUCUACCUUUCUUUCCAAAACGUUUUGCUGUUUUUGUCUAAAUUAAACGAUAUUUGAAUAAUAUUAUAUAAAGGUGAAUUAGACAUUUAGCUUACAUUCGAAGUAUUAGUUUAAGAUUAGAGAAUAGAGUGUGUAUAAAAUGAUUGACAAGCCGGUUUAUCCAAAAACACCUUCCGGACCGGAAGUCCGUUUUCUCAGCGACUUUAUACACGUUUGCUAAUGCCAUGUAUUUUAUUAUUAUUAUUAUUACUGUUUAUUAUUAUGUUCUACGUAUGUUUUCAGUUAUUUGUACAAGUGACGGAGAAAAAAAAAUUGACUAUUGCAUCUUUAAUAUUUGUGAUCUUACCCGAUAGGUAGGUUUGUGGGCUGCGCAGUGAUGGGCUGAGUCUGCGCAAACGCUGCGCUUUCACGAUGCGCAUAAACACCACGCAGGGUUUAGCUCUUGCUCCAGAAGCUAUAGUGUACAUGUUUAUUAUAGGUAACGGAUUGAGCACGAAAAAAAAAAAAAAAACGCAUGCUAGAUCACUAACUUUACCGUUUUCUCUUUACAAAGACAGGAAUAUAGGCUUCCAAAUCCCAUAUUAGCAAUCUGUAGAAAUCAACAAAUCACCCAUGCUUGGUUUAAAAAACGAAAACAAAAAGAAUAAGCUCGACAUAAACCUAGCAAGCUCUGCAGCUGUAGAAGUUUAUUGGUGAGAUUCAUGGACGCCUCCAUGGACACGUGGUUCAUCUGGCUUUCUGUCGUUUUCACGAUCGUGGCUGGUUUUCUCACAGCUGUUUUAUUUGGAAGAAAUCAGUCUGUUUCAGGAAAGACGGAUGCAAACCCAGCAGAGGCGUUUCCACCCUGCAGAGAGCAAGAAGAGAGCGGCUCCAAGGAAGGAAUCGCAGGAAUCCGUGAACCCCGGGCUGAAUAUGAAUGUACAGCACAGACGAACGAAGAUCUGCCAGACGAACCCUGUGCGUCGACCCGGCAUGAGAUUGUCGGGGAAGGUUGUGAGCGAGCCGAGUCAGAGAAUGACGAGUCUUCAGGCUCUCCCUCAGUAAACAGGAUGGGUGAUGAGGAUCAGACCCUAAGGUACAUGCCGGGUAUGUUGCGGACGAGCCAGCUUGAGAAGAUGAUGAGUAAAGAAGAGCUGGAGGAAGAACAGAGAGUUCAGCGGGAGCAGCUCGCGGCAAUCUUCAAGCUGCUUCGAGAAAACCAGGACACAUUCGGGGAGGUGACGGAGAAAGACAUGGAGGAACAGCUUAAGCUUUACUCUGUCUAAAAGAACUGCACCAAGCACUGGUCUGCCAUCACCGAAAUGGAAAGUUGACACUAUUACUCGCGGUUGCUGCUGUUCAGAAGUGGGG